AUGGCCCCGUGGAUGCGUCUCCUUGCCGUGCUGGCCCUGCUGGCCCUCGGGGGGCCCAACUCUGCUCAGGCCUUUGUCAACAAACAUCUGUGCGGCUCACACUUAGUGGAUGCGCUAUACCUGGUGUGUGGGGACAGAGGCUUCUUCUAUACACCCAUGGCCCGCCGGGAGCUGGAGGACCCUCAGGUGGGGCAGGCAGACGCGGGUGUGGUCCCAGAGGCAGGCAGACUGCAGCCUUUGGCACUGGAGAUGACACUACAGAAGCGUGGCAUUGUGGAUCAGUGCUGUACCAGCAUCUGCACACUCUACCAGCUGGAGAACUACUGCAAUUAG